AUGCGGUUGCUGUGGCUGUUUGUGUGCGUUACUGCCGUGGCGGUGGCUCAGACAGUUCCGACAUGCGAUCCCACCGCCGUGCGCGUACGCAAACCUUGGAGUUUGCUGUCCACCGCCGAGAAGACCUUGUACGUGGCGGCGGUAGGCGAAGGCAUGAAGCAAGGGUUUCACCAUCGAUUUGCCGAGAUUCACACGGAUCCCCAAAGCGAGCAGGAAGCCCACGGGUGUAUGUUCAUCUACUGGCACCGCAAGUUCCUCCUCGGAUAUGAAAACAUGCUUCGCAGUCUCAAGCCUGAAUAUGCAUGCAUCACGCUACCGUACUGGGACUACGCCACCCUCUCAAGCACGUUUGUAUCGCAAAGUUGCGCCAGUGUCAACGCGUGCUCCCCCGACAUCAUCCAGUACCUGGGCGGCAACGUGGACGCGAACGCGCGGUCGAGGUGGGACCGCAUCAAUGGCGCUACCAUGGCAGGGGUCGGAUGUGUUCAGCGCAGUCCGCUCAACAACUUUUGCCAGUCCACAACUGCCUUCAACGCCAAUCGGUGCAUGGGGUGCAUCCCCCGCAACAACUACAAACGAGCGUCAGUGCCAGCUGAAGCCAACAUUGGCCAAGUGUUUGCGCAAAUCCUCGGCGGAGCCGUGUCGGGACGCGGGGGGACUCUGAGCGAAUCCACACGGGGCAUUCAAAAUGGAGUGCACAAUCAAAUGCACAAUGCGCUGUCGUCGACCAUGUCCACAAUGGCCGCGCCGGCCGAUCCGUUGUUUUACGCCCACCAUGCGCAAAUUGAUUUGAUGCAUCGCAUUUACUUUAAAUGUGUCGUGGCGGAUGCUUCGCCCUUGAAGAAGCCCGUGUUGACGGCCGCGGAAAAGCGAAAUGCCAACGACCGCCGCAUUUGGACCACCUGUGCUGGCAUUUCCCAACCAACUCAAACCAUAUACAUGUAUUCGGGGGAAGCGGGGGGUACGAAAGUGAGCGUGAACGACGUCCGCAAUCCCCUCUACCCGUUCUUCAAGGACUUGCCGCUGCAGUACUCUGCGUACGUCGACGGCGACGAUCUCGGCAAGUUUAGCUACCAAUAUCAGUACACUGGCAUGCUGGCGGACAUGCUGACCAAAUGCAAACGCUUUGUCGCCCCUCGAAGCGCGUUGUUUCUGGACGAAGACCACAGCUACAGUGUCAACCCUGACUACACCGACCGAUGCGUCGAGCGACCUCGGCUGCCGUGCGAAGUGAAUGAAAUGUCGUUCUUGGACUACAUGUCCGCGACGGCUGGCGAGCGGGGGUGGUCCCACAAAGAACUUGUGCAGCAACUCGAAGCCGUGGUGUGCAUCCAUCAGCACGAGUGCCUCGGGCAGUGCACCGAUUACUCGGACGAAUUCAAGCGAACGUUCCGACCGUCCGGCCCCCCACGUUGUAAAACCAUUGUAGACCGUCUGCAAAGCAAGAAACUGUUCAUUAAACUCCCCAAGUGGCGCCAAGUCAUGGCCAAGUACUUUCCCUGUCUGUCUGACGGCUCGGCAGACGAACACGCACCCGACAUGUGAGCAUGAGAGGCGGCGGCAACCAGAUGUUGAAUUGUGUGAUGUUGUCGAGACGAAGACUUGUGUAACCUGUGUUCGCCGUAUAUACGUAUAUAAUGGAAUAUGAUGUACAUUACGUAGCAGUACAGUGUAGGUCCAACGCUGGAAAGCGUGACGAUUUUGUAGAGGCUUUGGAAAUAACAAGACUGUAACUUAC